UAGUUACAAAAACCCGUAAGAUGUCAGCUAACGUUAUUGAAUAAAUCUUUAAAGAUGUCGUUUAUCGAAUGUUUUAGUCUAAAGAAAAACUUUUGUUACUGUUUGUACUGCUAAUGUUAACUGUGCUGCUAACUACAAAUCUCAAAUUGUCAUAGUAGGUGAUAGUAGUAAAGUGAACUAUUAUUUCGAAUGUUGAUGUAGACUAAGUUUUAAAGAAGAUGCAACUCCAAUGUGCUCUUAUAUACUGACCCAAAUAAGACAUGGAUAAUAUAGAAUUACUAUUCUUUGACACAUUUUCGCAUGAUAUUUCUGAGGAACUCAAUUUAGAUUUAGUCCAGUUCCCCAAACCUGUAUAUAUUAGCGAAGUUAGGAUUAUUCCUCUGGGUGCUAGAGUACAAGCAGAUUUUCCUGGAGGUGUUCGUUUGGGGGCUACUAAUCCAUCACAAUUUGAAAUUGAAUUUUUUGUGAAUGAUCUAAGUAAACCUGGAGCUUCUACUUUCGAGUCUCUAGGAGAAUUAGAGUACAAACAAAAUAUUCAUAUUCAGCUGGAAUGUGAAAGAAAGCAAAUACCAACAGAUGGAUUGGUAUUGAGGGGAUGGUAUACCACUAUCACUUUAGCUGUGUACGGAACACUGACAAAAUCUUUAAACAAUCCACAAGAAGUUAUCAGCUCGGCUGCUGGUUCUGCAGCUUGUGCGAGUGGAUUAGAGGAAACAGUAGAAAAUACUGUUCAAAUAUCAGAACAGCAAUCUGAUUGGUAUUAUGAGAAUCAAACGCAGACAAAUUCGAGUGAAACAUGUGUAGCAGCUACUCCGCCACCUCCUAUACAACCAAUACAAACUGUAGAAUCGUCCAGAAAUUCAGCAUCAGAUACUGGAAAGAUAGAUGUUGCACAUUGGGAAGAAGAUAGUGGAAAUGGUGCUCUAAAACCAACGAAACGUCCUUCCUCACCGCCCUCAGAAUCUUUAGUAUCUUUAAGCCCAGAAUCCAUAUCAGCAGAAGAAGAAGAAGGAGAGCAAGAUGCAGGCGAACAAGAAACAGGAGAACCGUUUGAACCCAUAUUGUCCGAUGAAGAUAUAAUGGCAGAUGAUAUGCCUCCAGCUGCAGAAUACGAAUGCGAAAACAUUCAGUUAGACGAUAUUUAUAGUUUGACUCCGCCGGAUCUACUGGAGCUAGAGAAAUUAGCGAACAUCGCCGAAGAGUAUUCAGUCAACCCAGAAAUGUUGGACAAAAUACACGAAAUAUUUCAAUCCUUAUCAAAGUCAGUUUUACAUUUCAACAACGCAUCCGGACAAGAAAAAGAGACGUUUGUUCAUAACUGUGAAUCCUUGUGUGUGAUACUCAGUCCAUUUCAUUUGAACAGUACUGAUUUUAAUGACUUAACAAACAUUGUGAGUGCAGGCUUAGACAUGGAUCUUGCACGUGCUCAGCCUCAGCCAGCUUACAAAGUUCGACACGUGAAGGUUGGUGUACGAUUAGCAGAAGCUUUAUGCAAGCUUCCUCAAGGCCCGGAUAUACUAUUGAAAGUAGACGCCCCUUACAAACUAUUAGCAUUAUGUAUGCGUGAAAAUGUGGCACUUCCUGUAAAGCUCUCUGCUUUACGUACUCUGGAUGCUGCAUUGAUAAGCCCUGUGAUCGUUCAAGAAUUUCUUAAGUCGAAAAGCAAUUUGUACAAGAAUGCCGUAAUGAUGUUGGAUACGGCCAAGUUGGCGAGGUUGAAGUACGCAUUGAGUUCGAUGCUCCGAAAGGUACACACUUACGAAUUUCUUGAGGAGAUAAAGGAACUUGAUGAACUAGCCGUAACUGAACUGACAAACACUUAUGUAUGCGCACCCACGUUAAUGGCCCAGCCAAAACGCCAGCUUCCAGCUGGAGCACAGAUGGAAUUCGAGCGAGAGCAAAACCGAAAUCCACGUUGCCAUCUGAUAGCAUACUUUGAGCAUCACAAGUUCUUGUAUCGCGUUCUCGUGGCACUUACUUCCCCAAAAUCGGACUUGAACUUAAUCAAAACUACUCGACAUUUUCUGUUACGUCUUUCUGACACGAAGGAGGGUUUACUGUAUUUGCUGAAAGAACCGGAAGUCACAAAAUUAAUUCUAAAAGCAUUGAAAUGCGAUUUGUCUGGUGCAGGAUCCGUUCUAGCCUGGCGUCUUCAAGUUGUACAAUGUUUAUUACGCUUAAAACAUCAGCCUUCAGAUUGGUUGGCCCUGAAAAAGCUUCACUCUUUUCUGACGUUUCCAGAAGGUUUGCAAGCCAUAAUAACAGUUCUUCCUAUAGGAGAGUUUAUCGAUAUUUUAAUACCCUAUGUUUCUGAUCCAAAUCUCUGUGAAUUUUCUGCGGAGAUCAUAUCAGCAACGAUUAGGUACUCUGACCGAAUAGAGGUGUUUCAGAACCGUGCUGCUGUAAUCUUGGAAAAAUCACGAGCCCAAGCAGUUUUGAAGGAUGUUACUUCCUACAUAACUACAGCUGCACAACCGAGUCAUUGGAAUUAUGGAGACGUUUUUCCGCUUGUGUCUUGUAUUAGAAAGAACGCAGAUAAGGCGGCAUCUCUUCCAGGACAGUUAAUUACAGCGUGCAGAAUCCUGUACUAUCUUGUUUUCCCAUUUAAUAAUGAUGUGGAUCCAUUAGAACCUUAUAUCGAGUUGAAGUAUAGAAAUGCGUUAACUCAGUUGUUUGCUGCCGAUGGUUUAACAGCUCUCAUUGCAGUGAUGGCAAACAUUUCCGAGUUCUAUGAACAGCCAUUCUUGCAUCGUGCAGCUCUAACGGGACGAAGAGGCUUGGCUUUGGUUGCACUGCUUCUGCCUUGCGUGAAAUUGACAAGAGCAUUGUUGGAACGUCUUGUAAAAUGUAUGGCAACAGAUUUUAAAGAUCUAACAGCUGUGGUACCGCUUCUUGGUGUUUAUUCACUAGUCGAAGCUAUUCCUCCUGUUAGAAUCGUACAGACUUUAUCCGAGGAAAUAGUGGGAACUCUGUUAGUAUUCACACAAGCUGUAGAUUCAGAUGGAUCAGGAAAUGUAGCAAAGUCUCUGUGGACACAAAUGCUGGGCGAAGUUUUAAAAAUGGUUUCUCUCAGCCCUUGUAAUUUCAUACCUGGCUUGAAACUUUUGACAAGACUUUUACCACCCGUUUUAACUUUGAAAGAAACUAUAACCGAAGACGCUACUAGAUUGUUAGGCUUUAGAAAAUUGUGGUCUGCUCAUCUACAGGCUCAAGCUAACAACUUAACCGAAACUUUAAGACUGCUAUGUGCCAGCUGGAACAAGGAUCUAUUAAUCCUUCUCUCAAAAGUAUGUAUGCAAUUGAGCGAUUUAGCAGCACCCACGGCGUUACUUGUUGGUAGAUGCUUACUGGAUGGUAUAAUAGCUGCAGCUCCUUUAGAAAACAAUGUUUUGAUUCUUGCAUUGCUCAGUGAGCUUGCUAGACACGCACCUAUGAAGGCAACACUGCUGACUUUAACUAGUCCAGCAUCUCGAGCACAGGUCAAGUCUGAUCAAAAAUAUCCGCCGGUUAUUGAGAUGAUGUGCAAUGCACUGAAAAGCACAAGCGACAUUAGGACACAAUAUGAAAUACUUGAUAUUUUUGAAACAUUGUGUGAUUGUACAUUGAGUCUGAUGCAGGAGGAUACCAAUGAGGCUUUUGAAAAGGGUCUGACACACUCGGUACCAAGUAAGGAGCCACUUCUAUCAAUUUUGGCAGCCCUCAUUGACAUUCUAGCGACUAGUACAAAGUUUGAGUCCGAGGUGCUCCAAAGUACGCUUCGAAUACUUGUAUCUCUUAGUAGCCACAAUUAUGGACUAUACCAUGUAAAGAGCUGUUUAGAAAAUAAUCCUGACGCGUUACGGUCGUUACUAGAACAUGUCUCUACGUUAGAAGAACCUGAAGAUCAACAGGUCAUAGAUUUAACUAUAACGUUCUUAGAGAAUUUAAUUGCAUCGGAAUCACAACGCAGAUCGUUGCAUCUACGUGUGCAGCAACUGGCAUCAUUAAUAUCGUGGGACAAGAAUGAUCAUCCCUUAGAAAAGAUUAAGAGAGCGCAGGAGUUAGUAGAGAUUUUGAAGUCCGCCGAAGACAAGGAAGAGAAGGAACCGAUUCCGGAAAUGUUAGAACCGUUAUUACCAACUCCGGAAGCUUUAUUAAAUCAAUUUUCUCAGCGAUGUCUGCGGACAUCGGAUCCCGUGUCGAGACGACCAAAGAAAUAUACAUUCAUGUCCCCGACUCAAGUAGCAACUGAGAAUACAAUAGAUCUUUUAACUCUUGCUAGCGAACUGCUUCCAGCUGAUUUUAAUUUAUUGGCAGAAGCCCAAAACCUGUGCUCUAAGGCACCGCCUGAUGAUGCUACUCAACCACUGCAAUCAAAGUCUCAAAACGAUGAUCAAGAAACUAGGGAUAUACAGAAGCAAUCGACGUCUCCUGUUUCAAAAGUGAAACAACCAUUUGUUACACCUAUGCGGGGUAGAACACAGUUUUCCAAUUCCUUGAGAGGUGGUCCAGUAGUAGGCGGUGUAGGUAGAGGUGCAGAUCCAUUCCGAUCUAGACCACCAAACACGUCACGACCACCAUCUCUUCAUGUCGACGAUUUUGUAGCAUUGGAGACCUGUGGUGCACAACCAACAGGACCCACAGGGUAUAACAAACUGAGCAUUCGCGGUACUUGCCCUUCACGAACAAUAAAUGCAGGAACAAGAAGCAGACCGUGGGCUCAAGAAACUCGACCACCUUACCUACGUUGAAUUCAGCAACACUCAGUCCAUGAUUUGCAAAUUACAACAAGAUGAACAAUUUUGUAACAAUAGAUUUAAUAUAUUGUCCACUAAGUUUUUAUUAAAAAUCUUUUCACGAUAGUA